CAGAGGAGGAGGAGGAGACGCUGAGUCGAGUCUGUAAAUCCACGAUGAGCCGGCUCUGCUGCUGCAAACAACAAGUGUUCAGAGAGAGAGAGAGAGAGGGAUAAAACGAGGUUACUCUGUAACAGAGAGAGAGAGAGAGAGAGAGUGACGCGACGACACAGAGAGAGAGAGAGCGGAAAAAGAUGUUACCACGGCAACUCUGAGGACGUACGUUGCUGCAGCGCCGAGGACACACAGGUUGAAGAGAUGAGGAACAGAUGGAGGACGGACCUAGUAGUCCAUUUCCACCUCUGACCUUCAUCAAACAGUUUGGCACUUUACUUUGGGUACCAAAAGGCAAAGGGACCCUUUGCACACAGAGCGACGGUCUAAAGAACAGUAAUACCAGGGCAUUUAGGUGGCUAACGUACCAACAUGUCCCAGGCAGGUAAAGUCCUCCACCUGUACGUUGAGGUGAGAUCUGUUGCUGAGGAAGAAGAGAAGGUGCCAGGAAUAAGAGAUGAUGGGACUGCUCGCUUGAUGCUUCAGUGCCCAGACGUCCUCCCUCACUCUCAGAGAAGCUCCAGCCCCAACCGGACUCAGGAUCAUUCCCCAGUCUCUCAGCACCAAACUGGGGUUGGAAGCCACAGCUUACACCCCUCAAAGUCUUCCUCCAGGCACUCAGUCAGCUUCCAACUACAAAACCCUGACGCCACAGGGUCUCCCACCCAGUUCCAUCAGCAGGAUGUGUUGCAAGACAGUUUGGGACAGAUACUCCAGGCUCUUGCGCCUGCAAUGACUGCUCCAGGUCAACAUGACCCAUUGGCACGCACCCCUACCUCUGACAUGGAUCCCUACCGAGAAAGGGUGCUUAUCUCCCCUUCUUCUACAUCUUCUGGGCUGUUGACUGUACCCUCCACCCCUACCAGCAACCGCAGGCCCUACCAGGUCCCAGGGGUAGGGGGUGAGAAGGGGAAGACAUCUGUGGUGACCUUUGGCUACAUAGAGAAAGCUAACGUUCACAGCAUGGGGGGACGCCACACCUCUGUGUGCCAAAGUGAGAGAGCGAGAACAGAGUGCCACCUCCAGAAGAGGAUGAAUGACCCAGUGUGGUACCCUUACCCUAAUCCCCCUAACUCGUUUCAUAAUCAAUCCCCACAGCGCUCGCCUUACAUACAAAGGUCUACCCCAGAUGCAGUUGCCAGAGAUGCCACCUACAGGGCCUUUGAGGAGUUUGGAUCCCCAGAACGCAGGCGUAGGUUCGUUGAUCACAGUCCGGGGAAUUGCAGCCCGACUCUGCCAUGGAACUACCAAUCCCCUCGCUGCCCUCGGUCCUGGCAGGGGUCACCUAUCCUUUCCCGUAGCACCGUCACCCUGCCAUCCAAGGCCCAGCUAAUGGAGAUGGAAAGGGGAGUCUGCCGUGGUUCCGUGAAUGGAUUACCCAGAAGUCCAGCCUCUGAACAACUCUGUGCCCACACUGGGUACUCCUCCCACUCAGCGGCUCCAACCUCAACUCUUGGCAUACAUGGCUCGCCCCAGCAGAGCCAGAAGAGGCUGUUUGUUGGGGACGAGAGCCCCAGGUUGUCCAGCAAAUUCCAUCCACCAUUGCCCGCGGGGAGACCCACAGACAUCCAGCACGAGAUCCCAACUAGCAUAUUCCCCACCAGCAACUGUUCGCAUAACGCUACAGACAGUAUACACUACAGUACUAAUGAUAACUUAUCCAGCAAGACGCACUACAAAUCCCACUGCAGUAGCAGAGCCAGUGAUGCGGUCAGCCCUACCAACAGCAGGAGGAGCGUCUCCUCAUCCGUAAAUGCUGAAAUGUCUUGUGAUUUAGCGGUGGGAGCUACCAAACUGUCCACCAUUUUUCCUGAAAGCCAUACUCCCUCUCCAACACCAUCUCAAGCGGAGUCCCUGAGGUCCGAGAGUCCCAAGACGGGACGGUCAUUCCCGAGAGAAUCCCAACCUAACGCCACUCUUCAUGGACAAAGCUCCCCUGAGCUUUUACACACUGAGAACCAUAACCACAAAUGGAAAACGGACCAAGCAAUACCUCAGACCAGACAAGGACCCGUCUCUCCUCUCUUAUCCCAGAAAGGCAGGUCUUCACCAGCAUCUCCAGCCUUGCCGGCUAGGUCGCACCGUGCAGCCACUUCUCAAUCACCAGUUUUGGAUCCACAGCAUCAACCCACAACGGACGUGUCAGCCCUGCAGCGCUACCAACCUCCACAAUACACCGGAGAACACAAAACGCCUGACAUGGAGCGCAAGCAGUAUGAUCACCUCUUUGACGAAUCGCUUAAGAACAGCCCUGAACUCUCCAGGAGACUUCUCUCGAGCCAAAACACAGAAGCAUUGCCUGUGAGCUGGAGCAGUCAGUGGAGGGACACUGGACUGCUCCAAGACCGAGACGAACACUGCGAAGAAAACUACACACAGUCAACAUCUAGAGUUUACAUUCCCAGCAAAGAGGAGUAUCAAAGGAAGGUGGUAGGAGACAAAGGAAUAAACACGUCCUUGCAGGACUACCAGACGCCAGUUUUAAAUGUUUCCAAGAACGAGAGGGAGGACGUCCAGGAUCACAGCGGGGCUAUUUGCACAUCCUCUCAAAGCUCCAGUGGGGUAACAGGCAGCAUGGGAGAUUCCCAGAUGGACAGAAACGACAGUCCGUGUCCCGAAACCUCGAGCCAGUCCAGCCACGAUACGGCAGACACCGGCUCAGGGAUACAGUCGGACGUCGGCUCAGCGGUGUCUUUGUCGUCGACUCCAUCCUCCCGAUCACAGAAGAUCGCCCAAGCCAAGUGGGACUUCCUGUUCGGAGAUCAGACGGAGGAGAGUCGCUGCGUUAAAGACGUACCGUCCACGCCGCCCCUGCCCAUCCCCGCCCCUCCCCCCUGCCUCCGUCUGAAAGCCGCCUGUUUGAGGAGGGGACCGGACAGCGAGGGUCCAAAGCUACCGCAUCGCGAGGUGCGGCGGGUCGAGGUGGAGCUGGUGACCCCGGACCUCCGAGACUCCUCGCGGCCCAAGACGGGCAUCAUCCACCAAACCGUCAGGUACUCGGAGACGGAUCUGGACGCCGUGCCGCUGCGCUGUUACCGGGAGACCGACCUGGACGAGGUGAUGCGGGCGGAGGCAGAGGCAGCCGAGGAGGAAGACUCGGCCUUUGGGAGUAACCGCAGCGUACUGGAAAACUCCAGCUUCAGCCCUGCAGACGCCUCCCCGAAACCUCGCACCGGCUCGGGGAAGGAGGAGGAGGAGGAGGAAGAGGAGGAGGAAGAGGAGGAGGAGGAGGAGGAGGAAGGAGUGGUGAGCUGGGCCACCGUCCGGAUGCUGGGAGACCGACAGAGACAGAGAGCUACUAACGAAGAAGACGAGGUGUUCAGUCUGCUGCUGCAGGGGCCGUUGGUGCGGUCGGACUCCCGCGGCGGCCUGAAGUCUCCGAUCUCCCUCGACAGUCCCCGCCGACCGUCGGAGAGCAACCUCGACUCGUUCAGCCGCCACUUUGAGAGCAUCAUGGAGUCCCACCGGGCCAAAGGAACGUCCUACAGCAGCCUGGACAGCGUCGACCUGCUGACAUCUGGGUCCACGUCCGUCUUCACCUUCGACCUGCCGACCCUCACGCCAGAGAUCCAGAGUCAGAUCUGCGACAGCGCCAAGCAGAUCAUCGAGCUGAGCUUCGCCCCGCUGGCCCACCCGGACCCGGCCACCCUCUCGGAGACGUCGCGCUCCGAAAUCUCCCUCUGCGCAUCAUCGGGGGCGGGGCUCCGAGGCGGCUCCAAAGACGAGCCCGGCCCUCCCGUUCGAUCCAAGUCGGAGAAAGACUCGUGGCGUCGCUCCAUCAAAGACGGCUUCCGAAAGGCAAGCUCGGCGCCCUCGCUGCCCUCGCUCCACAGCAGCCCCAGGUGAGCCAAUU